GAGAUUCUGCAGCACUGACCCUGCAGGCUGAGCUGCUCUUGCGGUUAUAAACACAAACGCACGCAUUCCUCUCAGUGGGCAGCUGAAAGUAUUGUGCUCUUGACAGUUCUCUGCAACCGCUCAAGCCGGGAUAUUCAAUGCUCUGUCAGCAUUUUAAUGUUACCAGUUAGCUAGCCGGAGUACUACGGCUGUUAUUAAUCACAAACUGCUCUUUUCUGGGGCUUGUGCCGUGCGCGGAAUUAUUAUAGCUAGCUUCCCAGCUAGCUAGCUAGCUACGGAGAAAUGACUGAGCUCAGAAAGCGAGGAAGAGGCGGGGACCUUGACAGUACAGAAAACAUCAUUGACAAGGAGACAGAUGGAGAGGACAGAUUGGGCCUGCCUGGAGAGGCAGAGGGAGAGGGAGAUGGAGAGGUAGGCUCCAAAGCAGAAACCCCAGAUGUGCCACCAUCGGUAGACAACACUCCAAAAUGCCUCAACAAAGCUUUGGAAGGACUGUCCUCCAGAUGGAAAAACUGGUGGGUUCGAGGGAUUUUGUCACUGACAAUGAUCAGCGGAUUCUUCCUUAUCAUUUAUUUAGGACCUAUCGUGCUAAUACUAGUGGUAAUGAUGGUUCAAAUCAAGUGCUUCCAUGAAAUUAUUACCAUUGGGUACAAGGUUUACCACUCCUACGAUCUUCCCUGGUUCAGGACGCUGAGCUGGUACUUUCUCGUUUGCGUGAACUACUUUUUCUACGGCGAGACGUUGGCGGACUACUUUGGCGUUUUGGUUCAGAGGGAGGAGCCGCUGCAGUUCCUGGCGCGCUACCACCGCUUCAUUUCCUUUGCCCUGUACUUGGCGGGUUUCUGCAUGUUUGUACUGAGUUUAGUGAAGAAACAUUACCGCCUGCAGUUUUACAUGUUUGCCUGGACUCAUGUAACGUUGCUGAUUGUGGUGACACAGUCACACCUCGUCAUUCAGAAUCUGUUUGAAGGAAUGAUCUGGUUUAUUGUUCCAAUAUCCAUUGUGAUCUGCAAUGACAUCAUGGCCUACCUUUUUGGAUUCUUCUUUGGAAGAACACCCUUGAUUAAGCUCUCUCCAAAGAAAACCUGGGAAGGUUUCAUCGGCGGGUUCUUUGGCACCGUCGUGUUUGGAUUCAUAUUUGCCUACCUCCUGGCCCAGUACCAGUAUUUUGUGUGUCCGGUGGAGUAUGACAGCGAGACAAACCGGUUCGCGGUGGAGUGCCAGCCCUCGGAGCUGUUCGUGAUGCACGAGUACACCCUCCCCGCCCUGGUGCAGGACGUCCUGAGAUGGAAAACGGUGAACAUGUACCCGUUUCAGAUCCACAGCGUCGCACUCUCCACCUUCGCCUCGCUCAUCGGUCCUUUCGGGGGCUUCUUUGCCAGCGGAUUCAAAAGGGCAUUCAAAAUCAAAGAUUUUGCCAGCACAAUUCCUGGUCACGGCGGAAUCGUUGAUCGCUUUGACUGCCAGUACCUGAUGGCCACUUUUGUUCAUGUUUACUUAACAAGCUUCAUCAGGGGCCCAAACCCCAGUAAGGUGCUGCAGCAGCUACUGGUGCUGCAGCCGGAGCAGCAGCUCAGCAUAUUCAACCUGCUGCAGUCGCACCUCAGAGAGAGGGGCAUGCUGUCCGCCCCCGACACUGAGGAGCAGUGAACCCCCUUAGAGCCCAGUCCUGUCCCCCCUCGCACUGGGGGGGCACGGUCGUCAGGCCCCAUGACAUCUCAUCACAGCCCCCAUGUGACUCCAUCAUCUCAGUGACCAAACAGCCGCUCCGAACAUCGGGGGUCACCUUGGCGAUGUCAUACGGUCUUCUUGCUACAGUAGAACUUGCAUGACAAUACAAACAGCAGGAAGCCACACUGAGAUUCUAUUGA